UGUGUGUGUGUGUGUGUGUGUGUGUGUGUGCUUCGGGGGUGAUCUGAUAAGAGGCGGACGCUGUGGUCUCGGUCGGGGAUGUCGGCAUGCCUUGGACAUCGCUGAUCUAGUUGCAUGGUGCAGUGGAAAAGUAGCAUCGCAACAUGACAUCCACGGCGGGCGUCCUGUCGUGAGACGACUCAACUCCGGGAUAAGACGCAUUACUCAGCAUCGGGAUCCCUCCGAGAGGCAGCAGCAGCAGCAGCAGUAGCGGAUGAUGAUGCAGCGGCGGGCGGCAAUGGUCGAGUCAGCGAGAACCGCAGUGGAGCCGCACUGAGGCAAGCAAGCUAUACCCCCUACCUGGGGACUUAUCGUUUAGGGGACGAGAGCCGCUUGGUGGAGAUUCGGAGAUUCAAAAAGUGAAUGCCUCCACCAGUUUGAGUAACCGGAAUUUCCCCUCAACUCCUCCUGUCAAAAUGACCGUCGUCGCAGGAGAUAACAUGGACGAGACGUCGGCGGUGCCGGGGCACCCGCAGGACACCUAUCCCCCGGACCACGACGACCACGAAUGCUGCGAGAGGGUGGUAAUUAACAUAGCCGGGCUCCGGUUUGAGACGCAGCUCAAAACUCUGUCACAGUUUCCAGAGACUUUGCUGGGGAACCCCAAAAAGAGGAUGCGCUUUUUCGAUCCCCUUAGAAACGAAUACUUUUUUGACCGAAACCGUCCAAGUUUUGACGCAAUUCUCUACUACUACCAGUCCGGGGGGAGGCUACGGAGGCCGGUGAAUGUCCCCCUGGAUAUGUUUUCGGAAGAGAUAAAGUUUUACGAGCUCGGAGUGGAUGCGAUGGAAAAAUUCCGUGAGGACGAGGGCUUCAUCAGAGAGGAGGAGCGCCCUUUACCCGAGAAGGAAUUCCAACGUCAAGUUUGGCUCCUCUUUGAGCACCCUGAGAGUUCGGGCCCGGCCAGAGGCAUCGCCAUAGUAUCCGUGAUGGUCAUCCUAAUAUCAAUCGUCAUAUUCUGUUUAGAGACUUUACCCGAGCUAAAAGAUGACCCCAGGGGCCGCUUGGAGACCCGAGGCAACAUCACAUUUUUUUACAAGCCAAAUAUCCUCACGGACCCCUUCUUCAUCAUCGAGACCCUCUGCAUCAUCUGGUUCUCCUUUGAGCUGAUCGUGCGCUUCCUGGCGUGCCCUAGCAAGCCGGCCUUCUUCAAGAACAUGAUGAACACCAUCGACAUCGUGGCCAUCAUCCCGUACUUCAUCACGCUGGGCACGGAGCUGGCCGAGGACCCCGAUAGCCCGGAGGCCACGGGGGAGCAGGCCACUUCUCUGGCCAUCCUCAGGGUGAUCCGCCUGGUCAGAGUGUUCCGAAUCUUCAAGCUGUCCCGCCACUCCAAGGGCCUGCAGAUCCUGGGCCAGACGCUGAAGGCCAGCAUGCGGGAGCUGGGGCUGCUGAUCUUCUUCCUGUUCAUCGGGGUCAUCCUGUUCUCCAGCGCCGUGUACUUCGCCGAGGCCGAGGAGGAGAAGUCCUACUUUGACAGCAUCCCGGACGCCUUCUGGUGGGCUGUGGUGUCCAUGACGACGGUGGGCUACGGGGACAUGGUCCCGGUCACCAUCGGCGGCAAGAUCGUGGGCUCGCUGUGCGCCAUCGCCGGGGUGCUGACCAUCGCCCUGCCGGUGCCCGUCAUCGUGUCCAACUUCAACUACUUCUACCACAGGGAGACGGAGGGCGAGGAGCAGGCCCAGCUGCUGAACGUCAGCAACCCCAACAUCCCGUCCGAGACCAACUCCAGCCGCCGCAGCUCCUCCGCCGUCAGCAAGUCCGAGUACAUGGAGAUCGACGGGGAUAUAAACAACAGCAUCGACAACUUCAGAGAGGCAAACCUCAGAACUGGCAAUUGCACUAUAGCCAAUCAGAACUGCGUGAACAAAAGCAAGCUCCUCACCGACGUGUAAGGGAAAGGAGGAGGUCAAAGGUCACGGGGGAAGCCCUGACGCGGCGCGCACACACUCGCACACGAAGGAGAGGAGUGGGGGAAACACCAUUUAGGAAUGUAUUCAUUGACCUCCCGAACACCGUCCUGCGGCAGUAGGCCUUCAGGCUCUGCUGUAUCGAGAGGAACUAGGAAAAACACCCCUGGCAGGGAGAUAGAGUAACUCAUUCUUAUGAUCCUAGGAACACAGACACACACACAUGCCUAUACAUCCGCACACACACACACACACAGACACACACACACACACAC